CAACAUGAUGGGGACUUGCCAGUGGCGUCUGCAGCAAACCUUUCUUCUUCCCCCGUCUCCCGCUUUCACCUUUUUCCAACUCUGACGAUGAGGCUCUUUUGAGUAGGGCCUGCAUGCGUCUGUCUGUUGUUUCCUGGCCUUGCACGAGCAAUUGACUUGCUGCCUGCUCCUCGUCCAGUUAUCUCUGGGAGAACUGGCUGGUAUUGUGCGAUAUCUCGACCUGGAGUGCUCUCCUCCCUGGCAAGACCCAUCAACCAUAGUGUUUAGAAACCCACUCAGCCAUGCUUGCUACUACCCUUGCGAACAUUGAGCUUCCGCCGAUCUUUUCCAAGGUCAGGCUCAUCGCCUUCGCAUUGAUGACGAUGUUGAGCUUGGUUGGGACGACGCUAUUGUGCGUAGAGUUGUUCGUCAGAGAGGAUGUGACAGUCGAUUCCCAAAGAAACAUUGUGUUGCUCCUGAUCCUUAUCAAUUCCUUCACAUCUAUCAUGUUUCCUGCAAUGCUCCUUAUCCAAUAUACCCCAUUGUGGGAGGCUGUUCGGCUGAUAUGCCUUGUCUUCUUUCAAAUCGGCACGUCCGCCAUAUACACAGCAUGGUUCUCAGCCUUCAGAUGCCCGGAUCCCGUGGCUACUUGCAGACGCAUCAACAUGGCUAUCUUGGCCAGCGUAUGGGUCAUACCCACACUUCUCUUGAUAUAUUCCGGCGUCCUGGCCGCCAUGGUGUACUGGGGCUGGAAGCAUCCAGAGUUUCAGACCGUCAUCUUACGCGAGAAACGGGAAUCUGAGCUUCCCAUGAUGUCUCCGCCGCCUGAGCAAUUGCGUGUUAGAUCCAGUGCAUUUGCUGGUCUGCUCGAAGCGGGAGGUGGAGGAGCUAAGCCGCCCGCUGUACCUGUCCUUGCACCGACACGAGCUGUUGAUAUUGAGAAGCGAAUCUCAUUGCAGUCAGCAAAGUCCUCUUCCUCUCAAUCGUCGAAGUUGUCGAAAGGGAGGCCGAAAGAAUUUUACUAGCUCUUGGGACAUUGUCAUUGUUGUACGCUUGUUCUUGAACUGUCUUCAUAUGUGUAGUCAAAUUGUUUACGAAGCAACCCGCGCUCCUUAUGUUAUCACUGUAUCGUUGUCUGAUUGAAUGACCGAGUAGCGUCUUUGUUCAGGUCGA